AUGGAAGAUUGGGAAGAGGAACGUGAAACUGUAAAGGCCGAUAUUUGUCAACUAAAGGAUCAAGUCGGUCAAAUUUUAGAAGCGUUGAAAGCCAUGAAAAUCGCAGGAGAGACUUCGUCUGCAAAGGCUGAUGAUAAUGCUCACACUUCAGUACAUGACGCUGUGGGCACACAAUUCACAUUUCCAAUGUAUGGUUUACCAUCAGGUUACACACCGCCUAUUGGAGAUCAUUCAAAGGCAGAGCAUACUUCUUUGGCUUUUCCCAUAACUAGCAAUGUACUUCCCAUUAGUACCCAGGGGCCUAUCCACACAACUGAGGCAAAGCUGAAUGAAAUGUCCAAGCUUCCCCACACAAUUGUCGCACAAGAUGCUACUUUGCAUUCGAACGUAGAAGGAACGAAGGAUAAACUUGAAGUUCUAGAAGGUAGACUGAGAGUCAUAGAAGGGUUUGAAAGUUACGAGUUUGGUGACAUGGCAAGGUUGAGUUUGGCUCCAGGAGUGACUAUUCCACACAAGUUUAAGGUGCCAGAAUUUGAGAAAUACAAGGGAAACACAUGCCCUAAGAACCAUUUGACCAUGUAUUGUCGAAAAAUGGCUGCCUACGCAUACGACGAUAAACUACUUAUUCAUUUCUUUCAAGAUAGUUUGGCUGAAGCAGCGUUGAGUUGGUAUACGCAUUUGGAAUCCUCUCAUAUCUGUUCUUGGACAGAUUUGGCGGAUGCCUUUGUAAGACAGUACAAAUACAACAUGCAUGUCGCGCCAGACAGGUUACAAUUACACCAUAUGGCAAAGAAAGAUGAGGAGUCUUUUAAAGAAUACGCGCAACGAUGGAGAGAGCUGGCAGCGCAGGUUGAACCACCUCUAUAUGACAAGGAGAUGGUUGCAAUGGUUGUAAGCACACUACAACCACCUUUUUAUGAGCAUAUGAUUGACAACGUGUCUUCCAAUUUCGCUGAUAUCAUCAUCAUAGGCGAAAGAAUCGAAAUCGGACUGAAAAGUGGGAAAAUUAUAUCUCAAGCCACCACUCCGAAGAAAUAUAUUUUUAAUCCAGGGAAAGAGAAAAAAGGGGGAGUGCAUGCAACAUCAGCAAUACCCAUGGGCCCUGGAGCUGGUUUAGGUCCAGAUCAGAAUGUUGGUCAAAGUGCUAAUGCCAGGAGGAACCAAUUGAAAAUUUUCACUCCCAUUCCUAUGAUGUAUACAGAUUUGUUACCUCAUCUCCUUAAGAAGGGUUUGGCCGCUAUUCGUCCAAUGAAACCCUUACAGCCUCCAUACCCUAAAAGUUUUGAUGCAAGUGCGAGAUGCGAUUUUCACGGGGGAGCCAUUGGCCAUUCGACCGAAGGAUGCACCUCUCUUAAAUUCAAAGUACAAUCUCUAAUUGAUGCAGGAUGGCUGAAGUUCCAAGAAGACAAACCUAGUGUUGAAGUCAAUCCCCUUGCCGAGCAUGGAAAUACCUCAACAAAUGCCAUCGAGGUUGGACGACACAGGCUAGUGCGGGACGUUAGUAAAAUUUGUAGUUCUAAAAAGGUCAUUUUUGAACUGCUGAUAAGAUUGGGUUUGUUAAGGGGUGGAGAUGGCCUCGGUGAGGCAUGUGGAAUCUGUCCAGGAGCCGAACAUAUCAUUAAUGAGUGUACCAGGUUUAGGAGCUUUCUCCAAGAUCUGAUUGACAGAAGUUUCCUACAAAUAUACUACGAGAAUAAAGAAGAAGAAGUAUCUGCAAACCCAAGAACUGGAAGAUAA